AUGUAUAUUGAAUUUAGAGGAGAAAGGCCUAGUAUGAAUUGGAGAAAGCUAUUUUAUCAAAACCAUGCUCGUCCCCGUGCUCGGUUUACUCUUUGGCUCACUGUCCUUGAAAGACUCCCAACAAAGGACAGAUUGGAGAAGAUUGGUAUACACAUUGAUGGAAAAUGUUUGGCCUGUGAUAAUGUUGAAACUGUGAAUCAUAUUUUCUUUGCUUGCAGGUUUACACAACAUAUAUGGAGCACCCUUAUCAAUUGGAUUGGCUAUCCAAUUCGUAGGCAUGAUUGGGACAAAGAAUUGGAAUGGAUCAUAGCUGAGACUACAAAAAAGGAUGGCGACGGUGUUUACUGA